UCCAACCUUCUCUACCCGAAAGAAGACCGUACGACAUCCACACUCCUCUACAUUUGCAAAGCCUGCCACGCGACGACCACACACGAUUCUGCAUGCACGUACCGACACCAACUGGGUUCCACUGUUCAAGAGACGGCUGGAGUCACCACUGAUGUCGCAAAUGAUCCAACCGUGGGUUCUGCUCCUUCCGAGCUGCCCUGCUUCUGUACCCUUUGUGGGAAUCAGUUGAAGUGCGGCCAAUGUGGUAGA